AUGGGACAUGAAAGAUCGAAACAUCUGCAUAAUUUCGACUUACCUUGUGGUUUAAAGUGGGGUAGUCGGAAGUUUUUGAGGUGUGCGAAGGUGGAUUCCAACGGAGAAAUUCCUCAUUUCCAUCGGAGAUCAAAUGGGUCUGACGCAAUCGGACGGCGGAUGAGAGAAAUCGACGUUAUGGUUAACAAUCGGAGAUCUAAUGAGGUUAGGGAUGAGUUGUUGGAGGAAACGGAGGUGGGUUUCACUCGGAAAUUCAGGUUGGCGGGUUACAACAGUGUUGCCGGAGGCUGCGGUGGAGGAGAUGAAAUCGCGGCUGUACGGAAGAAGUUGAUGUUUGAUCUUCAAGCAGAGGCUGAUAAGAUGAAAUACGCGAUUUUUGGAGAUGGGUUGGAGGAGGAAGUGUCUGUAACUCCGGCGACGGCACCGAUGGAGGUUACGACGGGUAUAGAUGCCUCUAUGCCGUGGAACUUACGUACUCAAAGAGCGGCAUGUAAGGCGCCAAUGAACGGAAUCGUCGGCGGCGGUGGAGGUGGCGGCAGAUCAAAUGAAGCUUUGAAGGUUGAUGUUAUCAGUAACAAUCGUUUGUCGUCGUUAUCACCGUUAAGGACUGAGAACAAAUCUGUAAGACUUCGAAGUGAGUUUUCCGGCGCCGGAGAUUCAUACACCGACGAGAAGAGAAAGAAAACAAAUUUCUCCGUUUCGCUUGGUCGGAGAGAGAUCGAAGAGGAUUUUAUGGCAAUGAUUGGACAUAGACCUCCUCGUCGACCCAAAAAACGAGCUAAAAUAGUUCAAAAAAAUUUAGACACUAUAUUUCCCGGGCUAUGGUUGACGGAGAUCACACAGGACUUAUACAAAGUCCCCGAUGAUCAGUAG